ACAAAACCUGUUGCAUUUGCAGUUCGGACAAAUGUUGGGUACAGUGCAGCUCACGAUGACGAUGUUCCAGUCCCAGGCAUGGCCAUCUCAUUUGAGGCUAAAGAUUUUCUUCAUGUUAAAGAAAAAUUUAAUAAUGACUGGUGGAUAGGACGGUUGGUAAAAGAAGGCUGUGAAAUAGGAUUCAUACCAAGCCCAGUCAAGCUAGAAAACAUGAGGCUGCAGCAUGAACAAAAGGCAAAACAAGGAAAAUUCUACUCCAGUAAAUCAGGAGGAAACUCUUCAUCCAGUUUGGGUGACAUCGUUCCUAGUUCCAGAAAAUCAACGCCUCCAUCAUCUGCUAUAGACAUAGAUGCCACUGGCUUAGAUGCAGAAGAAAAUGAUAUUCCAGCAAACCAUCGCUCCCCUAAACCCAGUGCAAACAGUGUAACAUCACCCCACUCCAAAGAGAAAAGAAUGCCCUUCUUUAAGAAGACAGAGCACAUCCCUCCCUAUGAUGUAGUGCCUUCUAUGCGACCAGUAGUUUUAGUGGGGCCUUCUCUGAAGGGAUACGAGGUGACAGAUAUGAUGCAAAAAGCAUUAUUUGAUUUUCUAAAACACAGAUUCGAAGGGCGUAUAUCAAUUACACGAGUCACAGCAGACAUCUCGCUUGCCAAACGCUCAGUAUUAAACAACCCCAGUAAGCAUGCGAUAAUAGAGCGAUCUAACACAAGAUCAAGCUUAGCUGAAGUUCAAAGUGAAAUUGAACGGAUUUUUGAAUUAGCAAGGACACUGCAGUUGGUAGUGCUUGAUGCUGAUACCAUUAACCACCCAGCUCAGCUAAGCAAAACCUCUCUGGCACCCAUUAUAGUAUACGUAAAGAUUUCUUCUCCUAAGGUUUUACAGAGGUUAAUAAAAUCUCGAGGGAAAUCUCAGGCCAAACACCUUAAUGUUCAGAUGGUGGCAGCUGAUAAACUGGCACAGUGUCCUCCCGAAAUGUUCGAUGUAAUUCUUGAUGAGAACCAGCUGGAAGAUGCUUGUGAGCACCUUGCUGACUAUCUGGAAGCCUACUGGAAGGCCACACAUCCACCUAGCAGCAAUCCUCCUAACCAGCUUCUCACUCGCACACUUGCAACAGCCACUCUUCCUAUUAGCCCAGGUCCAAAUAUUAAUUUACAGGGAUCUCAAGGAGACCAGAGGAAUGACCAUUCAGUCCCUGAACGCAGCGGUUCACAAAUUGAAGAGGAAGCACGGGUUGAACCCAUCAAGAAAUCCCAGCAUCGCUCUUCCUCCAGCCAACACCACAACCAUCGCAGUGGUGUCAGAGGCCUUUCUAGGCAAGAAACUUUUGACUCAGAAACACAAGACAGCAGAGAUUCAGCUUACGUAGAGCCAAAGGAGGACUAUUCACACGAGCACGGUGACCACUACGAUUCUCACAGGGAUCACAAUCACAGAGACGAGUCCCAUGGGAGCAGUGAUCACAGACAUAGAGAAUCGAGGCAUCGCUCAAAGGAGAGGGACCGCGAGCAGGACCACAAUGAAUGCAACAAACAGCGUAGUCGUCAUAAAUCAAGGGACCAAUAUUGUGACAAGGAUGGGGAGGUGAUAUCGAAAAAACGUAACGACGCAGGAGAAUGGAACAGGGAUGUUUACAUCCGUCAGUAACUUUUGCCUCUGGCAGUCUGGUGUUUUUUUGAAGUCUCGUGACAAUGCCCCUUGAAAAUAUCUUUGGGUUCUUCAUUGCAGAACAUAUGGUAUCCUUCUGUAUGAUGAUUUGUAUUGCUGUUGCUCGCAUAGCAAUAGCAUGAAAUAGUAUAUUCAUAUACUUACUUUUUUUUGGUUAGUGCUAUAUGAAUCAGUGUAGUACAACUGAAGAGCUCCUGAUGUUGUACUAUGCCAUUUUUCAAGCUGUUUUUCGGUAGCUGCCACUUGAACAAUAUCUGUUGCCAUCAAGGUGUUGUUAAGUGUUUUUUAAAAAAGGUACAUUUGAUGUUUAAUAACUUCCCGUGUAUUCAGCAAGCCAGAAUCAGCACAUAAAAAAUCUAAAACUUUUUGUCUGCUCCGAUUUUUAAUUUGUAUGCACUUGAUUUGCAUAUUCAUUUAAGAGCCACUCUCUGUUGCUUGUACCUCUGGUGGACUCCAUUUGAAGACAGAAUUCAGUCUUGCCUUACACACAGGGGAUCAUGAAGUCAGAAUCUAUUUUCUAUGUACUGGUACUGUGUACUGUAUAUACAGUUUAUAAAUGUUAUUUCUGCAGACACC